AGUAAAUCUAGCUGAUAUUCAUUUAUUUGGCAUUGGAUUAUAGGUGCAGUUGUUUACAUUUAUUAAUCUUAGCAUCACGUGAUAUUUCUAACAUAUUUUUUCCCUAUAACUAAUCAUUUCUUAUGUCCAUGAUCAAUUACUUAGUUUGUUUUACUUAUCAUGAAAAUCCUCAUUCCGAUAAUUUCAUACUAAAACAUUCUGAGAAAACAUAAUGGCUUUCUCUACCCUUGAUGUCAUAAAAACAAACGAUAUAACUCUACUUGAUGAUGAGAACAAUAAAUAUGAAGGCAAAUCAGUUAUUAUUCAAUAUCCCGGUUAUCGUAUAUUAAUUAUAGACACUGGAUUAUUAGAAAAACAUAGAAAACCAAAUGUUUUAUCUACAAUUGAUGUCAUCAUUGUAUUACAAUGGAGUUCAACUGUUCAAUUAUCAUUAAAUAAUCUGUUCAAUGAAAUUGCUAACAAAAAAUUCAUAUUUGAAAAGUGUACAUGUUUAAUUCUACCAAUGAUAGGUCAAUUUAAACAUGUAAAAUUCAAUUCAAUUCAACAUAAAUCAAUAAAAUCUUCAUUGCUUAAAAAUGAUGAAAUUAAAGAAAUAAUUUGGUUACCUAUUGCAUUAAAACUAGGCUUGACUAUUUUACAAGUAUGUAAUGGAAAUAAAUUUUGGACAAGAUUUCAAUAUACACAAUCAAUGAAUUCAUUUGCAAGUGAAAAACUAUACCUUACUUUAUACAAUAAUAGCCAAUCAAUACAAAAAACAAAAUAUAAUAGUGAAUUUCUAAAACGAAGUUUAUUAUUAUAUGAAAAAUUUGGAGUAGGACAAUUGAAGAUAUUACCUAUUCCAACAGGAUAUGUUGCUAACCAUAGCUCAUCUUACAGUGUAUUGUUUACAUGGAUCCCUUAUGAAAUAGAACUGUCCAACAUAAUAGAACAUCAUAAGAAUUAUGUCAAAGUAUUUUUCUACUCAGUAACAUUAGAUUUAAAAAAAGCAAAUGAUUCUGUCAAUGAAACACAAUUAGUUCAUCAUCAAAUUGAAACUGAACAAAAGUUAAAUAAUGAAGCUAUUACAAUUACAAAAUCCCUUAUACAACAAUUAACACGAUAUGUUGGAAUGAAUUGUUCAAUUAAUAAGAAAGGAAGUAGUGAACAUGAUGUGACUUAUUCUCAGUCGAAAAUAACUCGGUCAAAAACAUUCACCUCAGGCUUAAAUCCUUUAAAACGUACAAUUUAUACAAACGGAGUACGUUCAACAACCAAUCCAAUUUUAAGGAAAAAUCGUGAACAGAAAUAUGAAAAUGAUGUGGUUAAGUCUCCUGAAGAUAAUCAUAAGCACAAAAAUGGAAUUAAACAAGUUACAUUCAGUGAAACGGUUAAAUUUGUUUCAACUGAAGAUUUUGUUAAGAAAGUCACAAUGAAGUCAUCUGUAAGUGUGAAUCAAUCAGUGACACCGGAAAUACUGUCAUCGCCAAUAGUAACGGGAAUAUCAACAAAAACACUAUUACCACCGCAAACAACAGUAGUUAAUACUAAUACUACUAAUGCUACUAUUACUACGAAUAUUCCUGAAAAUCCUGUUAUUGUAUCAAAUGAAAAAACUAAUGGCGAAUUGUUUCUUCAAUCUAAUGAAGAAUGUUCUUCUGAAGGGAAAACCGAGACUCUACUAAGUUCGCCCAUGUUCUAGUGCACAAUUCUUUCGAAAUUACACCUUAAAAUUGUUUUGAUUUUGUUCAGAAAAAGCAUGAAAGCUUUACGAUUAAAUCACCCAACUCAGAGAACAACAUCCCACUGGAAUCACCUCUUCGAACUAAAAACUUUCCUGAUCAUCUUUAAUAUGUCAUGGAUGGGAACAGUUACCUAUUUAUAAGAUUGGAUAAGGAAAGUGUUUUAUAAAGAAAACUACUUUAAGUCAGAAAAUGUAUAUUAAUUAAAUUUCUAUCAUUAGUUUUAAACAACAACAACGAAGAAGAAGGAAUUAUCGAAUGAUCCACGACUUUUCAUGAUUUUUCAGUUUGUCUUUAAAAAUGAUUUUCAUGCCAAAUCAACUUCAUGCCCUAAUCAACUGGCACAGCAUACAUUAAAUAAUCAUUCUAGACCUACAUCAUUAUUUGAAAAGGAUUCCGAUUAUCAAUAUUAUUACUAUUAUAAUAGUGAUCAGAAAUACGAAAAAUUUCCAUUAUCAGCCACCGUAUUAUUAGCUAUACCUGAAGGUGGUGAAAAUGACUACUAUGCUGAUUCACCACAAUGUAUAACAGUUAAAGAACUGAAAGAAUUAGGUUUGUACGCUAGUGAAGAGGACGAUGACGACGAAGAUGAAGAUGAUGAAGGUGAAAGCAACAUGAAUGAAGGCAGAAAUGAGAAUGAUACAGGAAGAAAUGUGUGUGAGUUAGAUAAUACAUUGCCAGAUGAUGGAACUAAUAGUUCUAGUUUUAUCAGUGAAACUGUACCCGAUUUUACUGAAAUACAUAUUCCAAACAAUAUCAGUCUAACACACCAUGAAGAAGUAAUGAUCUCAUAAUUACAUAUCUAUUAUAGUUUCAGAUAGCCUAACAAAAUUAUCAUCUUUUCAUAUCAUAUUACACAAUAUACAUCGUUUCGCGCAGCUCUACUUGUUAGAAUUUCGGCCAUGCAUAUUAGAUUUAUUUUAUUUCUAAUAUUUAUUUUUAACUACUUUCUAUUUCUGUAGUAGUUUAUAUAUUUUUUAAAAAGUUAAUUUUAUCCAGUAUUACCACGUUUGUUAAUAAUUAAAUUAAAUGAUUAAUGCAUUAUGUUGUUGUUAAUUAACCCACUCAACUGAAAAAGUUAUUGGUUAAUUCAUUUGAUGAAAUCUUACACGGUCUACGUGAAGAUUUUGUAAUAGUAUAUCCUUUUAGAAGUUAUUUGAAAAUUAUUCAUUGUCGUUACUCCAAAGUCUAGAUACUACUUUUUUGGAUAUGUUCACCUACAGACCAACAAACGCAAAUUCUAAUUUUCAAAUAGUACACAUUUUCAUAUUAAUAAUAAUUUAUUCAUAAAUAAUCAUAAUUAAAAUCUACUGAACUAUUUGUUUGUUUUUUCUCAGCGAAUAAGGUUUCCAUCAUUAUGUCGAAGUCUCGAUUGUUUUAUACAUUUGAAUAUUGUAGAUGAUACAUUUCCAUUCCUCAACCAAACUGAUCAACUUAGAAUUAUUAUCUCCUUAUGAUAUUCGAAAAUGCUAGAUCCUGCAAAACAUAAACUCAAAAGUAUCAUUUAAAUGUAUAAGCGAUAACACAUAAAUAUUCAGGAUAUAUUGACUGAUCAAAUAACAAAUCAGGAAAAUGAUUUUAUUAUUUUACAAUAUGUAAUGUGGAAAAAUCAAUUGAUCUUCAUAACUUGACUUAAUCAUACACCAUAUGUAACUUACAUCUCAUAUAAUAGGUCAUUAAAACAUGUAUUAGGUCACAGAAACUUGUCAGACUCGUAAUACUGUGAUUCCUCGUCGUCAACAGAUUAGAGUAGUAUUAUUACGGUUAGUAUGUAUAAUAAUUGUCUAUAAAAUGUAUUAUGUAAUUCUUAUGAGUUACAGCAUAACCAAGUAUUUUACUUGUAAAAGACUGAUGUGUGGGCGAGAAUGAUAAU